GCAGCGGCAGCGGCAGCAGCAGCAGCGGGACAGAGGAGCGUCAGCCUCCCACGAUACGGAAUCGAUAUUUUUAGCGCGUGGCUUGCGCUGCUGCGUCGCCAGAACCUCCUCGGUCCUCAGUUCGAGCACGAGGGCCGCUACGUGACACCGCAGACUGCGCGUGCAGCGUGGAGGGGAAGAAAAACGGAGAGGAGAGACUUCGCACCAUCAGCGCGCAAUCAUCACCGCCAUCCCCUCCGUCUCAGAUGGCUAGUCCCGAGCAGAGCCAUCCCGAGCCAGCCUGCCUGGAGGCGCAGAAAUGGAUAGAGGCUGUAACAGGGAAGAGCUUCGGAGACAAAGACUUCCGCAGCGCACUGGAGAACGGCAUCCUGUUAUGCGAGCUGCUGAGUGCAAUCAAGCCAGGACUGGUCAAGAAGAUCAACAGACUGCCCACCCCCAUUGCUGGGCUGGACAACCUGUCUGUCUUCCUCCGCGGCUGUGAGGAGUUGGGCCUGAAGGGCUCCCAGCUCUUUGAUCCGGGAGAUUUACAAGAUACUUCCAUACGAGCUAACCUCAAGGACUCUGACUGUAACCGCAAGCUAAAAAACGUGCUGAACACGGUGUUCUGGCUCGGAAAAGCGGCCAGUGGCUGCGCUUCCUACAGUGGUCCUAAUCUUAACCUCAAGGAGUUUGAAGGGCUUCUGGCUCAAAUGAAGCUGGAAAGCGACGAGGGUGGCGACAGCUCUCAGAAACGCAGCGUUCGAGACAGCGGCUACGACUGCUGGGACUCGGAGAGGAGCGAAUCUCUUUCUCCGCCACGUCACACCCGGGACAACUCCCUGGACAGUCUAGAUUCGUUUGGGUCCCGAUCGCAGCAAAGCCCCUCCCCUGAUGUUGUGAAUCGAGGCAACAGUGAUGGUCGAGGCAGCGACUCGGAGGCUGACGCUUCAGGCAGGAAACCAGAUGUGCGGAAAGAUGACAUGUUGGCCAGAAGAACAGCCAGCAGCGAAUCCCGAUGCCCGGUCCCCUUUAACCAGUUUCUUCCCAACCGAACCAAUGCCAGCUGCUACAUCCCGGCCCCGCGACGAAAACAACACACAGAAGAAGGAGAGCAGCGGAGUCACCUUCAAACCACCCCAGAACAAAGCAAAAGAAAUGGAUUGCACCACAAACCCCCCAAGACGGUGACUUGGGCACCUGAAAACGAAGCUGAAAAGCUAAAACUGGGAGCGGACUUGGAGGUGUUGGAGCAGAGGAGGCUGGAGAAGUUGAAGAAGGCAGGAAUUAAAGUUCUUCCUGCUGCAGUUCGCUACAACAGCGCUCCUAUAAUUGAGGAGAAGGAAGCGAGGUCUCCGUCUCCGAACAUUAUCCUCCGCUCUGAAAAUGAAUUUUUGAGCUCCCGCAACUCGGCGUGCGAUUCCUCCUCUGACGGGGAACAGGAAGCGGAAAAGCGGAAAGUUCCCGAUGUUCGCAGAGACGACCUGGCAUCCCGACGAGUUCACCGGAGCCCGGUUAACUCCAGGGUCCAUCAGUUCGUCCCUCCUCCGGCGUGCACCAACAAGGACAGGGAGCGCUGGGAGGGCAUCAGACGGGCUUCACAGCAAACCCUGCAGGAGAAGGAGAUCAGUGAGAAGGAAGCAGCCCCUGACAUCAUAACUCGUAAAGACUCCCCCGUCCUGAAGGAAGAGGGGGAUGUGGGAGAAGAGGGAAAAGAUAAGUUGUUGCCCAAUAAGCAGAAGGAUGACCUCGCUAAUAGGCGGGGCCAAAGUAGGCCCCUCCCCCAGCGGGAUGGACCAAUAAGCUUUGCUUCAUCCUCCAUGAGUCAAGCCGAUAUGCAGAAGUGGGAGAGACUCAGGAUGGCUGAACCAAGCGAGGAUAGGCCAGCCCCCGUGUGUCAGGCUUGUCUGCAGAAAACUUAUGGGAGCCCUGUCAGCGGAUCAGCAAAGGCUGCACGAGGUCACAGCAGAGUUGUGACCUUUGGGGGCGUCACUGAGAUCGAGCGGCCGACAGACGCAGUCGUGUCGGGAGGAGGGGAGGAGACGGAGUUGCUUAGACGACUCCUUGCCAAGGCAACAGUAGCCAUGCCUACCAUUGGCCUGGGCUCCCAGCUUUCAGAGCGGGAAGGCAGCGCCCUCAUUGAUGGAUCUGCACCCAGUCAAGCUGCGGACUUCCAACCCUGGGCCAACAAGUCCGCCCCCACGGCCGCCGAGAUAGACGCUCGCUUCGCUCAGUACGAGCAGAGAGCGGAAGAAGAAGACGACGACGAGGAAGAGGAAGAGGAGGAGAGGAUCCCUGAUCUUCAGAAGGAUGACAUGAUGGCAAGGAGGACAGGCACUUUCCAAAAACAAACAACCGCUGCAGCUGCUUCCAGCCGUUUCUUGCCCCUGCCUGGCUCUAAGCGGUGCAGCCGAGGAGUCGCCGCUGCUGAUGCUGCGGCUUUGAACAAAACGGAAGUGCAGGCGGAAAAGCGCAAGGAGCCCAACUCCAGACUGUUCUGCCUUAGAGUGGAGAACCAGCGUCCCAGGGUUCCUGAAGAAACACCUCCACGCCCACUAGAGCCUGCAGUGAUCAGAGCAACGUCUCAAGCCGAAGGUGAACUCGACAAGGAGGAAGACGAGCACGAUAAAAACGAUCGUGUUCCUGACCUAGAGAAGGACGACAUGAUGGCUCGGAGGACCAGAUUGUUACAGAAAGCAAGUGCGGUCAAGAGAAACCAGUUCAAUCAGUUCCUCCCGGCCCCUGCAUCAGUCAGGUCCAACAUCAGCCCAGCGUCUGCAGUGAAACAUCCAUGCAGCAGCUCUAAACGCCCAGAAAGCAUAGACAGAGAAAGCAGCGUUGUUACCAUGGCAGCGGAACACGAGGCUCCGCCCUUCAAAGCGGCAACGAGCCUGAGGUGUCCUGGGCUGAGGGGGAGACGGGAGAAGGAAAAGCAAGAAAAGGGAGAUGCUAUGAUGGCCCCUAACGCUGCUGUCACUGAUGUGACUGAACCAUCCUCCUCUUCCUCCUCUCCUUCACCCAAACCUCCUGCCAGUCCUCCCUCGGCUCAGACGUGUAAGGUGGAGGACGAGCUGGAGGCUGGAAGAGAGGAGGAGAAAAACAGGGAUGGGGAUAAGAAGCUGGAAAAGAAACCAUCUUGGCUGGAGGAUGAGCUUCCUCCAAUGAUGGUGAGCCGACGGGUUGCUUUUCUCUUAGACAACGAGAGCGUUAGCAUGGGUGACAUGGCCAGCGAGGAAGAGGCGGGGCACCUACCUGCGCUGAGCCCAUCGCGGUACGAACGCAUGCAACAGCAGUACAACGCCUUUCUGGAAGAGGAGGACCACUGGCAGGACGACCUGGCUCGCUGGAAGAGUCGCCGCCGCAGCGCCUCCCAGGAGCUGAUUAGAAAGGAGGAGGAGAGGAAGAGGAUGGAGAAGAGGAUGAAGGAGGACGGAGUGGACGGCAACAGGAGGAAGAGCAUUAAGACGUACAGGGAGAUUGUAGAGGAGAAGGAACGAAGGGAAGCGGAGCUGUGCGAAGCCUACAGAAACGCAGCCACUCCGGAGGAGGCAGCUAUGGUUUUACAGCGUUACGCUCUCCGCUUCACCAUCAGCGACGCAACGCUGGACAGCCUGAAGCUGCCCCGGAGCACCAACAAACCCAAGCGGGACCUAAACCGGACAGACCAGGAGCCCAAGCCCACAUCAGCGGUCAUCAACUCAGAGAGGCUGGACUCUGACGUUUUAAUAAAACAGGAACGCUCCUCAGAUGGAGAUGUGAAGACAGAGGGUAGCCGUGAGAAAGAGGAAUCUGGUGUGAUCUCCCCCAGCUCUUCCACACCAGACACAAACUCACGAGAUGAGAAGCGUCAGUCAGAAGAGCUUCAUGAGCCGCCGUCCCACCUGACCGAGCCUCAACCUGAGCGUCAGAAACAGCCAGACUCAGCUCCACCGCCGCCCCAGACUGAGACUGCUCCAUCACAACCUGCUCCACCUAAACAUGGACUCCCGUCCCCUCUACCUGCACCCUCCAGGCCGCUGCCCCUGCUGGUGGCCAAGCCCUACUGCGCGCCCAAAAGCUCUCCCUCUGGACACAAACACGUCCACGUCCAAAAGAUGGACGAGGCGGUGCGGCUGAACGGAGAGACGACGGAGGAUUUCCCGUCCCUUCAGGACUCCCUGCAGGAAAGCAAAGAUGUUUCCUCCGAACAGACGCAGAAACACGAUCCUCCGGAGGAGACCGUGGAAAGUCCGACGCCUGCAGAGCAGCUGGAAGCUCCGCAGCAGGAAAAAGCGACUCCGACCGCCGGCUCUGCCAUCAGCUCCCUGAUCGCAGGCCGAAGCUGCAUCAUCACCACCACGAUUGUGACGGAGCUUACAAAGACCCAGGUGGAGCCGCUCCACCCAGACGUCCAGAACAAUGGACAGGAUGAGACGGCUGAACUCUCCGAGAGAGCGACAGAGGAGGAAAAGACUGAGGCUGCACAAUCACCCAGCAGUAUGCAGGAUUAUUCUCCUACUGUUACAGAAGGAGUAGAGGACAGCAGCGUGACUAUUGAGACCCCCAUGUUGAACUUGGCUAAACGUGUUAAUCACUGGGUCUGGGACCCCAAUGAGGAGCGUAAGCGCUUGGAAAGGUGGCAGCAGGAGCAGGAGCGCCUCCUACAGGAGCAAUACCAGAAAGAACAAGAGAAGCUGAAGAAAGAGUGGGAAAAGGCCCAGCUGGAGGUGGAGGAGGAGGAGAGAAAGCACAACGAGGAGGAAAGACGAAUUUUAGAAGAGACUGUUGCACCGCUCAGCCCCUCUGCCUUGCUGCAGAAGCAGUCAGAACAGACAACAGCAGCGUCUUUUUCUGCAGAAGAAAACAUCACCACCACCACCAGCAGCACAGUGGGAGGAAACGUGUCUCUGCAGCAGAACGGACAAGAAGUCCACACAGGAACUCAGGAUCAGCAUGCGUCAAAGCUUCAUUUUCUGCAGGAUUCUGGAUUUGAUGAUCAGCCCCCAAAGAAGCAGGAAAUGUGGAAGACGGCGUCUCUGGACCGCAGCCCUCAGCUGAACCAGACUCAAGCCGUUAAAAGAUCAGAAUCACAUGAUGCUGUAACAAGUAACCCGGACCUCUCCCCUUCAACGCCUCAGCCUGUGUCGCACAACAGGUGUGUUAGUGGGAAGCGACUUUGUUCUGGCUGCUCUAAACCUCUGGGAAGAGGAGCAGCUAUGAUCAUUGACACUCUGGGACUGUUUUUCCACAUGCAGUGUUUUAAGUGUGGAGUAUGUAAAGGGCAGCUGGGCGACGCCACCGCUGGGACUGAUGUCAGGAUUCGGAACGGACUGCUGAGCUGUUAUGAGUGCUACAUCGCAUCUCGAGGCAGAGGUCAGCCCACUCCUCUUUAGGACCCGAGUGACUAACUGGAAUCACAACAUUGGAGGCACUGAUGAAAUAAACUCCAGACGUGUGACCAGGAGCCCUGAAAUCUCUGGAAUAUUGUGUUUUUACGCUGAAUUGCACACACACAACUGACUCUUUUUUGUCUUUUUUUUUUUUUUUUAAACUGGAACUGGACUGAACAUGUUGACAAAGUACCGUUUACGUACUUCUUAACUGUACACAUGUAAACACCCAUUUUUAAUGUGAGUGGCAUGGAUGUAAUCAUGAAAAAAAAAACACAUUUAGGGGUUUGUACAUCUAUUCCUGAACUUUCUUUUGCCACAUGCUAAACCCUUAAACACUAAAUGGUGGCCCAUUCACUCCUGCUUUUGGACUGAUCAUGUGCCUCCAUCGUUUUCCAAAUGUGAUGCAAAGCGAUUCAGGUUGAAUAACCUAAAGUAGUUUGAUUAUUGUUAUGCCUUACUCCUAACUUUUAACACAUAAUUUGGGGUUUUGUGUUUACAGUUUUGCAUGAAGAAAACGUAUAAGUUAUUAUGUUGUUUGCUCAGACGGACAGUGAGUCGCUAGUUUUAUUUGGAAUUCAUAAUGAUUUUACAGUUUUAAGAAUUUGAUUAACUUACACAAACGUUUCUUCAUAUUUCGUUUGACAAGAACGGGGCUGCAUGUUAUUAAUAUUUACUCAAAAGUAUUUUCCCGUUUUUGAUGUUUUAGCUUUACUUCUCAAACUGCUUCUGGAUCAGUGCCUUAUGUAAUGAAUGCAAUGAUGAGGUGUUUUACACUCAGUUUGACCUUUGGGUCUAGGCACAAUGUCUGUUUGAGUGCGUGCAUGUCCGAUAUAGAACUGAAUGUUGCGUGUGAUUUGAUUCAAAGUACAGUUUCAUACCAGCAAAUGUCUGAUGAGCCACAAUUUACUCAAUUAAAGCUGCAGUAGGGAGUUGUGAGAAAACCAUGGACCUAGCCUGAACAUAUGAAGAAGCACACCUUACAGGUCCUCCUUGCUCUCUGCUGUACUACAGCUCCUCCCCCACACCGAAGCGUGCCGCGCUGCUCCAACGUUUACCUGCCACUCAAGAAAUUGGCCGUUUUCCUCUAAAGCAGGUUGUUUCUCCACCAUUUUAUCACACAGCUGCUGCCAACCGGCAAUCUUGAGCUUGAAUGACAGUAGCACCGUGGAGGGGCAGGGGUGAGAGCAGCGCGUACACAAGAGUGAUUGACACUGCUAACAACCAAUCAGAGCCAAACAUUCCUCUUGGCUCUGAUUGGUUGUUUAUGACCGGGAGCGGCGUAUUUCUGCAAAUAGCAGUAGGACCACUGGGAGGACCCAGAUGAGCUUGAUUUAUUUUUAUUUAUUUUUUUCACGGAUUAUCUGUCACAUAUUAAACAGUCUGGAUAUUGUAAUAGUUUUUACAAAUGUUGAAGAAAAAUUAUACAAAAGUUACCUACUGCAGCUACUUUCUACAUAUUAAGCCAGUGACAUAAAGUAAAUUACUGUUUUACGACAAAUCAAUACGUCCCAAAGCCUCUCCCCCUUUGCCUCUGUCACAAGUGCUGCCUCCCCACUGAUUUUUUUCCUUUGUCUCAGCUUGGUGUAAACACCUCACAGCCGCGUUACCGCUCAGAGGAACAGAGCUCUGAUUGUCUUUUAUAACAAGUGUAUGUUUAUCAAUAAAACAGUUUAAUCUGGUGUGUUUUUAUCUAUUUCCCUUAAUAUCUUUGGACCUAAUGUGAAGACUUUACAGUGGAUUUAUUGAGAAGAGAUAAGUUCUUAAGUUAAUGCAAUAAAAUAAGUUUUUGA